AUCCCAGUAGGCUAUUCCUUUUUCAUUACAAGUAAAAUAAAACCGAUGGAUAAGAUCUUUUGGUGAAAGGGUUGCUAUCAAUUGAGUUAGUUUGAGAUGAGAAUCAGUGGUUGUGAUUUGUUAAUUGAACAAUGAUCAUAUGUGUAGACUUUUCCCUGCUUCAGUAGUACAUCUGGUGUAACUUGCACAUGCUGAUUGAAUGGUGGGGCUAUCUGUUGGAGAAAAGCAUUUUAUACAGGGUGGGAUUGCUCAAGACCUUCGUACUGAUGGUCGUAAAAGAUUAACUUACCGGCCCAUUUUUGUGGAAACUGGAGUCAUUGCCCAGGCAAAUGGUUCAGCAAGAGUUAAGAUGGGUAGAACUGAAGUCAUAGUAAGUGUGAAGGCCGAGCUAGGAAGACCAAGUUCUUCAGCACCUGACAAAGGAAAAGUUUCCAUUUAUAUUGAUUGCAGUCCCACAGCGGCACCACAAUUUGAGGGGAGAGGUGGUGAAGAAUUGUCGAUGGAACUCUCUGCAGCCCUGCGACAAUGUCUUUUGGGAGGUAAAAGUGGAGCAGGAGCUGGAAUUAAUCUUUCCUCUCUGUCAAUUGUGGAUGGGAAGAUCUGUUGGGAUUUAUAUAUUGAUGGUCUUGUAAUUAGUAUGGACGGAAACAUACUCGAUGCUUUAGGUGCUGCCAUCAAGGCUGCUUUAAGCAAUACAGGUAUCCCAAAAGUCAAUGUCGCUUCAGCCGCUCCCUCCGAUGAACAGCCAGAGGUCGACGUGAGCGAUGAAGAGUUUCUACAAUUCGACACCACUGCAGUCCCCGUCAUAAUUACAUUAACAAAGAUUGGAAGACAUUAUAUUGUAGAUGCAACUUCAGAAGAGGAAUCACAAAUGAGCUCUGCUGUCUCUGUUUCCAUCAACAGGCAAGGUUUGAUCUGUGGGCUGACCAAAAGAGGGGGAACAGGUUUAGACCCGAGUGUCAUUCUUGACAUGAUAUCGGUGGCUAAACAUGUCAGCGAGCAGUUAAUGAACAAACUGGAUUCCGAGAUAGCUGCAGCCGAGGCCAUGGAAGAGGAGUCAUGACCGUCGUUAGCAAUUAGAGUAGUCAUGUGGAUCUAGAGAGGUUAUGAUGCAUCACGGUCGUGUUCAUUUAUAUCUCGGUAUGUACACUUUUCCAAUUGAUCGCUUGGUGACAACCCGUUUGUGACAUUUUGAUGUACUAUGUUGUACAUGAGUUUUGUCUCGUUACGAAUCAAUCACUUAUCGAAACAACUGUCUUUGUCUUUUAAG